AUGCGUGGUUCGGAGAUGGGCUCCGCGGACCUUCUCCUCUCCCACGAGCCUCCAGUGUUGGUCUCCAUGUCUCCAGGAGAAAUGCUGAGACUGUUGGUGAAGCAGCAAGUCCACGCGGCUUCUGGAGACACUUUGGGGCUGAUUGACAAAUUAAUAUCAGAUUAUGAGGAGGACGUUUCUCGUUUUAGAGAACAUGAGCGACACAGAUCAGGAGAAAUGCUGAGACUGUUGGUGAAGCAGAGACUCCACGCGGCCUCUGAACACACUCUGGGGCUGAUUGACAGAUUUGCAGCAGAUUAUGAGGAGGAAGUUUCUUGUUUGAGAGAUAAUGAGAGACGAUACAAACUACUGGAGGCCGUUUUCAACCCUCGAGUUCAGCUGCACAGAUCAGAUGUCCAGCAGCUGGUUUGGAUUCAACCAAAUGUCCCCCCUGAGGACCAGGACCAAGAGGACCCGGAGCCCCUCCACAUAAAAGAGGACCCGGAGACCCUCCAGAUAAAAGAGGACCCCGAGCCCCUUCAAAUAAAAGAGGAGCUGCAGGAUCUCCGGACCCGUCUAAAGGGAGAUCAGCUCAUUGUGCUGGAGGAGGCCGAUAUCACCACGUUCUUUUCCACUGCUGUUACUGUGAAGAGUGAAGAUGAUGAACCUCAGACCUCACGGCUUCAUCAAAGCCAGACGGACGACGACAGAGAGGCGGAGCCUCCCGUCUGGAGCUCAGCUACAACAAUACAAACAGAAACUGAUGGAGAGGACUGUGGGGGAUCAGGAUCAGACAGGAACCUCAAUCCACAUCGCCAUUCACAUCCAAAUGCUGAUAAUGAAGAGGCUUCAGAAUCUUCUGAGACUGAGGUCAGUUGUGGUGAUUGGCAAGAAUCUUUGUCAGAUUGUGGACCUGAAAGUGAAGACGGGGACAAUGUCUGGAAGGAGACCAGGGCACCUGAGUCUGCUGCACAUGCCCUGAAAUAUAAGGAAGCUCUUGUAAGUCAUGUGGGAUGUAACACUGGCAACAACUCCAAUGAAUCACAAUCAAAAGAGCUCAUGAGAGUGAAAGCAAUCAGUUGUGAUGUUUGUGGGAAACGAUUUACACAACAGGGAAGUCUGAAUACACACAUGAGAUUCCACACAGGAGAAAACACAUUCAGGUGUGAUGUUUGUGGGAACAGGUUUACACAACAGCGACAUCUGAUAACACACAUGAGAAUCCACACAGGAGAGAAACCAUUCAGUUGUGAUGUUUGUGGAAAAAGAUUUACACAACAGGGAAGUCUGAAUACACACAUGAGAGUCCACACAGGAGAAGAACCAUUCAGUUGUGAUGUUUGUGGGAAAAGAUGUAAAAAACACAAUAAUCUGAAGAGACACAUGCUUGUCCACACAGGAGAGAAACCGUUCACUUGUGAUGUUUGUGGGGCACGAUUUAAAUCACUGCAAGGUCUUCAGUCACACAUGAGAGUCCACACAGUAGAGAAACUAUUCAGUUGUGAUGUUUGUGGGAAAAGAUUUAAAGUCCAGGGAAAUCUGACGUUGCACAUUAGAGUCCACACAGGAGAGAAACCAUUCAGUUGUGAUGAUUGUGGGAAAAGAUUUACAAACAAGGGAAGUGUGAAGUCACACAUGAGAGUCCACACAGGAGAGAAACCAUUCAUUUGUGAUGUUUGUGGGAAACGAUUUACACAACAGGGAAGUGUGAAGUCACACAUGACAAUCCACACAGGAUAGAAGCUAUUCAGUUGUGAUGUUUGUUUGUGGGAAAAGAUUUACACAACAGGGAAAUCUGAAGUAUCACAUGAAUCAACACAGGAGAGAAACCAUUCCGUUGUGAUGUUUUUGUAAAAACAUUUAGAGCACAGCAAUGUCUGAAGUAUCACAUGAGAGUCCACACAGGAUAGAAUGUGUUGCUUCCAGUAGCGACAAAUUAACUCUGUGAGUUGUUCUCUUUCUGUUGUGUUUAAUACAAGUAAAAAGUUAAAUGUUUUUAAUUGUUUCCUAUGUAAUUUUUUUGUAAAUAAGAUGGAAGGCAAAGUGUUUUCUAAUCAUUUGAUGAAUCUUUAUAAAAAACAAUAACAACA